AGGGGCGGUCCCGAGCGAGGAAGAGGGCGCCCGCCGCGGCUGCUGCCUCCCUCUCAGAGAGAUGCCCGCCGGGCAUGAUGGUGCCCCGUGAAGGCGGCAUGCAAGGGGAGCCGGCGGCCCGGCCGCCGGACCCGGCCGCCCCCUGCGUCAAGGUGGUCCUGGUGGGGGACGGGGGGUGCGGCAAGACGUCUCUGCUGAUGGUCUUCGCCGAGGGCAAGUUCCCCGAGAACUACGUGCCCACUGUGUUUGAGCGGUACUCCCUGGUCCUGCAGCUGGACGGCAAACCCGUGACCCUCUCCCUCUGGGACACCGCGGGGCAGGAAGAUUAUGACCGUCUCCGCCCCCUGUCCUACGCCGAUGCCCAAGUGGUUCUCAUGUGCUACGAUGUCAUGAGCCCCAACAGCUUCGACAACAUCCUCUCCAAGUGGUACCCAGAGGUGACACACUUUUGCCCGGGGGUACCGAUCAUCUUGGUGGGCUGCAAGACUGACCUGAGAAAGGACAAAGUGCUGCUGAAAAAACUGCGGCAGGACCGCCAGGAACCCGUCACCUACCAGAAGGGCCAAUCGAUGGCGAAGUCGGUCCGAGCGGUGGCUUAUCUCGAGUGCUCCGCCUGGCUCCAGGACAACAUCCCCUCCAUUUUCCAGGAGGCGGCAGUGGCUGCCCUCAACAAAAGCAAGCACCGCCGGAAGCUAAAGAUGACUUGCAAAGGCUGCCUGUUGCUCUGAAGGCUGAGGCUACCUCUCCCCUCUCCCUCGUCCAGCACAGAGCCUUGGCUCCCCCGUGAGGAGGCUGCUUGACACCAGGGCCGAUCUCUGCUGGUGAUGAACUAUCCCCCAGAUACUAAAAAUAAACCGAUUCCAAUGACCCUAAAAGGUGGCCCGGGAGAGCCGAGAGUGGAGCUUCGCUUGGGCCUGCCACCACACCGGGCCAGGGAGCCCCUGCCACCUGCUCGCUUUGCCGGCGCUUCCUCUGGGCGUGAGCAGGCCCCCACGUGACUGGGCCCGAGCUCAGCCCCCGCUGCCCUGGAAGCCGGGAAGGAGAUUCACCCCCCCAGCCGCCAAAGAAAUAAUCAUAAUGAUCAUGGAAACAACACGCCUUUCACAAGCAGUGACCUCUUCCCACUCUAACUCACACGGAGUGCCUCUGGUCCGGCUGGGGGAGGCUUCUGGGUCCCAUUUUACAGACAUGUCACUGGAAAUAGAGACACUGAAAGACCCCGGGGCAUGCUGGGAAAAAUCUGGGCCUGCCAGCUGAGCGCAGUGCCCAGGUCCAGCCCUAGCCCGAGCAAUGCCAGUGAAGGACUUUAUUCCCCCAGAGAUAGACUUUGCAUCCUGACCUCUGCCCUUUCACCUGACCCCUUCUGGCUCCUCUGGGUGCCCCAGCCUAGGAGUGGCACUAGGGGGACGCACUGACGACCAUCAUAACUGAAUCCGAUCAAACAUCAGUCUCGUGUCUGGCCCAUGUGGGCAUUCACUUGUUCCCUCCCUCCAUAAAAGGCACUGGUUGGAGACCUC